AUGGCCCCUGCUCGCAUCGACGAACCCAACCUCCAGCGCGAGCCGGCUGUGGCGUCGCGCAGCUUUCGCAGCGACGAGCUGCAUGCGGACGUGUGCGUCUGCGGCGGUGGCCUGUCGGGCACGAUCGCGGCGGUGGCGGCGGCGCGCCACGGCGUGUCUGUGGUCCUGAUCCAGGACCGGCCGGUGCUGGGCGGCAACGCAUCGAGCGAGGUGCGGCUCUGGAUCCUGGGCGCGACGUCGCACAUGUUCAACAACAACCGGUACGCGCGCGAGGGCGGCCUGGUGGACGAGAUUUUGCUGGAGAACCUGUACCGCAACCCCGAGGGCAACCCGCUGAUCCUCGACACGAUCCUGCUCGAGAAGGUGCGCGACGAGCCCAACAUCCGCCUGUUUCUGAACACGGCCGUUAUGGGCUGCACCAAGGGCGACGGCCCGGACGAGCACCGGAUCGCACGAGUGCAGGCCUUCAACGCGCAGACGGCCACGAUGACGCACGUGGCGGCAGCGCAGUUCAUCGACUGCACGGGCGACGGCACGCUGGCGUUUCUGGCGGGCGCGCCGUUCCGGGUGGGCGCGGAGGCGCGCGGCGAGUUUGGCGAGCAGUUUGCGCCGGACGCGGCGUACGGGCACCUGCUGGGGCACUCCAUCUACUUUUACAGCAAGGACGUGGGGCGGCCGGUGCAGUUUGUGGCGCCGUCGUACGCGCUCAAGGACGUCGAGGCGGCGAUCCCGCGCUUCCGCAGCUUCUCGACGGCAGAGAUGGGCUGCAGCCUGUGGUGGAUCGAGCACGGCGGGCGCAUGGACACGGUGCACGACACGGAAGACAUCAAGUGGGAGCUGUGGCGCGUGGUGUACGGCGUGUGGGACUACUUGAAGAACAGCGGGCGCUUCCCCGAGGCCGCGAACCUGACGCUCGAGUGGGUCGGCACGGUGCCGGGCAAGCGCGAGAGCCGGCGGUUCAUGGGGCCGACCAUCCUAACGCAGCAGGACAUUGUCGAGCAGCGCUUCCACAGCGACGCCGUGUCGCACGGCGGCUGGUCGCUGGACCUGCACCCGGCCGACGGCGUGUACUCUGAGAUUGACGGCUGCACGCAGUGGCAUGCAAAGGGCAUCUAUCAGAUCCCCUUCUCGACCAUGGUCUGCGCCGAGGUGCCCAACCUGCUCUACGGCGGCCGCAUCAUCUCGGCGACCCACGUGGCCUUUGCGUCGUCGCGCGUCAUGGCGACCUCUGGCUGCAAUGCCAACGCGCUGGGCGUCGCCGUCGCUCUCUGCAAGCGGCUCGGCCCGGCCGGCCGGCCGCUUGACCCCAUCCAGCUGCUCGCCAAGGACAACAUGGCGACGCUGCAGCGCGACCUGAUGCGGUUCGGCCAGUACCUCCCGGGCUACAAGCUGGAGGACGACGACGACCUCGUGCGGCGCGCGGCGUCUGUGGAGGGCGCCUCCUUUGCGCUGUCGUCGCUGCCCGCGGACGGCCCGCCCAAGGUGCUCGUCCGCAGCCUGGCCCAGAUGCUGCCGCUGGCCGCGGGCGCCGUGCCCGUCUUUACCGUGACCGUCAUGGCCGUGCAGCCGACGUCGCUGACGGUGCAGCUGCGCGGCUCGCAAAAGGCGCACAACUACACGCCCGAGGUGGUGCUGGCCGAGCAGGCGUUUCCGCUCGUGGCCGGCGCCAACACGCUGCGCAUCGACUUUGCGUCGACGGCGUCGACGGUGUCGAACCCGCAGACGCAGUACGUCUUCCUCUGCCUGCUGCAAAACGACAGCGUCGCCGUCGCCACGACCAAGACGCGCGUCUCGGCCCUCAUGACCGUCGAGCACGAGUGCGACCAGGCGCCGCCGCCGGACGUCGGCGUCGACGCCUUUGAGCGCUGGACGCCCGUCCGCCGGCCCAUGGGCCACAACCUGGCCCUGACCAUCUCGCCGCCGCUGGCCGCUUGGGACGUCGCCAACAUCCGCAACGGCGUGCCCCGCCCGACCAAGCGCACCAACUGCUGGGUGCCGCCGCGCCCAGAGGCAGGGACAGGGACAGGGACCCGUCGACUUGUGGUGGCGCGCUGGGCCGCGCCCGUCGCCGUCCGCCGCGUCGUCGUCCACUUUGACACCGACUACGACCACGCCCUCGAGUCGGUCCUGCGCGGCCACCCGGAGCGCGCCAUGCCCUUUUGUGCCAAGGCGUGGCGGCUGCUCGACCUGUCGGUCCCCGACGACGAGCGGGAGCUGUUUGUCGAGGACGGCAACCACCUGUCGCGCCGGGAGGUCGUGCUGGACGCGGCCGUGUCGACGACGGCGCUGGGCGUGGAGAUUCUCGAGCUCAACGGCGACGACAACGUCCUCGGCGGCCUUUUCGAAGUGAGAGCAUAUGCGUAG